CUCAAUACUUUUCCCUUUUCUUGAUCAAUACCUUUGUGAACUAAGCUGAUUUGUUUUUCUCUUGCGUGCACUUUGAUCAAUGUUUCCUCGUUUGUUCUAAAUUUAGACCAUCAACGCUUUCUCCAUGGUUUUUCAUUUCCUAGGGUUAGUGGGUAGUUGGAAAUUUCAUAAAGUUCUUGUAAAUAUUUUAUAGAGGUUAAGAGGUGAAAUGAGGGGAGGGGUGGCUGGUUGUGGCUUCAAACAAUUGCGAGAUGUUUACGGGAAGUUCUUCCUUAGUUUGGUAUCAAAAUACGGUUCCGCCACUGUGAUUAAUUGAUUUGUGUGUAUGCAAAAUUUGAAAGCGUGAAGCUGAGUUGUCGUAGUUUGAGGUAAAACUAUUGUUGCCUCAGUUCAAGAUAGUUGUCUCAGUGGAAACACGCUUGCAGUAUGUGACAAUAAGUUUCAACAUUAAUGUGAUUUUGACAGGAAGCUGUGACCGUAGAAGCCAACAUUUCAAUCAUAAUCAUCAGGUGUUGAGAACUGUGAAAUGGAUGCUGAAAAAGUGGUACACAGUGGAGGUUGUCAUUGUAAGAGUGUAAGGUGGAAAGUGGUUGCUCCUUCCAGUGUUGUGGCAUGGGAUUGCAACUGCUCAAACUGCAACAUGAGAGGCAAUACUCACUUCAUUGUGCCUGCUGACCAAUUUGAGCUUUUGGGAGAUUCUGUGAAGUUUCUCACAACAUACACUUUUGGCGCUCAGACUGCAAAGCACACAUUCUGUAAAAUCUGUGGCAUAACCUCCUUCUAUUAUCCACGCUCGAAUCCAGAUGGGGUCGCAGUUACAUUUAGAUGUGUUGACCCUGGAACAUUGACCCAUGUUGAAAUCAGACAUUUUGAUGGCAAGAAUUGGGACACCGCAUAUAAUCAGACAGGUAUCUCUUCAUUUUCAAAGGUGGAGAAGUAACUCUCGUCACCUCCAGGACUGAAAAAUAGGAUCAUUGGCACUCCUGCGUUAUGUUUUCAUGCCGUGGAUUCGUUGUGUUGCAGUGUGUUGCUACUGCAAAUGCUAUGGAAAAGAUAAAUCUGAUGCAAUACAAUACAAAAUUAUAGAAGGUUUGGGAAUGUUUAUGCUUCUAGUAUGGUUCCAUUUUGUAUGUCAAACGUGUCUUCUGAAGAGAGAACUGCUCGAGUUUAAUUUUCA